CCGCGGAGCACAAGCGGCGCGAGGAGCGAAACAGCCGUUCCCCGCGCGUCUCUGGCUCCGGCGUGUCGGAGAGCGAGGGCGAGGGCGAGGGCGAGGGCGAGGGCGAGGGGCCGCACGCGCUGCAGGAGGCGAGCGGCAGCGCGACGUUUGCAGACCCGCUCAGCGCGCGGAUGCUGCUGCAGCAGUUUGGGUCGUGGAGUGCGGUGCCGGAGGAGGUGGGGGCGACAGUCACAGAGGUGCGUGCGGUGCGGCAGGAUGAGGCGACCCGGCGGCGGUACAAGGGGACGGCGCACUUGCCAGACGGCGCCGCGUCCCGUCUCUCGCCCGUCGCUCAUUAUUGGAGGACGUAGUCUCACAGCAGCUGGUUGAGCUCUGUUGUGCUAGGCGCCACAGUUCGGCUAGAAACCAUCGGUUAUCCAGUAUCACCAUCGUUAUUAACAGGCGCCACGCUUUGGCUCGCCCCUCACCGUGUUCACAGGUAUCAUAGUUCAUCACCAUCGUUAUUAACAGGCGCCGCGUUCCGGCUGGCCGAGCUGGACUUGUCGGAGGUCGUGUCUGCGGAGGUGAUGGCCAUCUUCGAGCCCGAGCUACGCAAGCGCGCGGAGCGGCGGCGGAGGGAGGCGGAGCAGGAGCGCCGUGCCGCCGCCGCGGCGGAGAAGGCGGAGAAGGCGGCGCGGAAGCAGCACAGCCGGUCGCGGCUGGCGCUCGAGCUUCUGCGCGCGAGCGGGCGGCCGAUUGCGCACGAGGAGGCGCCGCGCAUCGAGGUGGACGGAGUCUACGCGGCGGCGUGGCAAGCGCAGCAGGCUGCCGCCGCCGGGCCGACGUUCGCGAGCAUGUCUCGCUGGGGCUUCGCCGCGUCAGGCUCUCCCCCGUCGCGGGCCCUCGACGGCUCUCGCGGCCUCGGCUCGCCCCCCUGCUCCGGAGGCUUGCCCGGCGCCGCGCCGUCGCCGCUGCCGCAGGGCGCGUGGGCGGCCAGGUCGCCAACCUCCGCGCCAGCGGCCUCGCCGCCGCCGCUCGCCGCGCCUCUGCUCCCGCCGGCGUCGGCCGUGCGCACUGGCGGCGCCUCGCUCCUUCACCACUCGCAGCCGCGGGCGGCCUCCGCGGCAGCUUUAGCUUUGACUGUCUCGUCCGCCUCCGCCUCCGCCUCCGCUGCCGGCGGCGGCGGCGGCGACGACGACGACGACGAGGUGCCACCGGAGCUCGCCGCGUCGUGGGCCGCCGCGUCCUCGGCGGUGCCGCCGAGCGGCCGGCCGAGCAGGGGGGGCAAGGGCAAGAAGGGCGUGCUGCUCCUCUCCAACGCUGGCGGCGGACGCCGCAUCUAGGACGCCGGCCCGUGGGCGGGUGGCGGGUUGGGGUGGGUUGGGGGGGCGUUGGAUCGACGAUCCAGCUAGGGCGUCUCGCCGCCCGGUGCAAAUGUUCUGGCAGGAGACGCGGCCGUGGAGGCGCGGGGCUUCAGCGAGGCGUGGCGGAACUCCAAGAUGAGAACACACUGUGAGGCAUACGGCUUUAUCUGCCGUCUGAGUCCGCGUUUAUCGUCAGACCAGAGAGAGAGAGAGAGGCGGUCCGGGGUCUGCCAGCGAGUGCAGACUGAGAGAGAGAGAGCGUGAGCGAUGAGCGGUGUCAUUUUGUUUUCGUUGUUCCCUCAUCCCACUC